CAUACUGAAAUACGUACAUAUUUACCAUCUGUAAAAUGUUUUCCAAACUUUAUAUAAUUGUAGGUUUAGCCUUACAACUUUCGUCUAAUUAUGUUCAGGUCAGAGGUCAUGGCAGACUGCUAGAACCGCCAAACCGCUCUUCUAUCUGGAGAUUUCCGGAAUUUUCUGAUAGAAAGCCACCCGUAAAUUAUGAUGAUAAUGCCUUGUACUGUGGAAACUAUACUACGCAUUAUGAAGUGAACGGGGGCAAGUGUGGCGUGUGUGGAGACCCUUACAACCAACCUCGACCAAGGGACAAUGAAGAAGGAGGAAUUUAUUAUGCUGGGAUAAUUGUCCGAGGAUAUAAAUCUGGACAGAUCAUUCCCGUAGAAGUUGAGCUGACAGCCACGCACUACGGUUAUUUUGAGUUCCGUCUCUGUGCUAAGAAUGACCCUGUUUCUCAUCUCGACCAAGCUUGCUAUGACCAACACCUCCUUCAACGAACAAAGGGGCUUGGAACAAGAUACUACAUUCGGCAACAAUCUGGAACGCAUUAUGCCACCUAUAAUCUAACCCUUCCCACAGGCGUCGUUUGCUCAUCAUGUGUUUUACAAUGGCAUUACGAGACGGGCAACCGAUGGGGGACGUGUCAAAAUGGGACAGAAGGAUUAGGGUGUGGACCUCAAGAAGUUUUUAGAGGAUGUUCAGACGUAAUUAUUUUGCCAUGAAUCUAUUUCAACAGCAACAAAUUGGUGGAACGGGUUGAUUUUGUAGCAAUAGAAUCGAAAUACUUAUUUAUUGCAAAAUAAAUUUCUGCAUAAAUAUACGAACACAGCAAAUUAG